AAAGAAAAAACAAAACUUUUGAGGGGCCCAGGCUAUGCCUGAGGGAUUUCCAAGAUGACCAAGAUACCAGCCACCAAGAAGAUGCAGAGUGCCCCCAACACAGGGGCCCUCUGGCCCUUUUAUGCCUCAGAACAUCUAACACAGGUGCCAGACAAGCCAAUGAGGAGCAUCAAGUAUAUGGACAAGGAAAUAAUAAACCUCAAAAGAGACCUUGCACGAAGCCGCAUGCUGAUCCAGUCGGCAAAGAUAGGCCGCGGCUACUUCAGCAUGCUGCGAGAAGAGAGCACCUUGAAAAAGAAGCAACAGCAACUUCAGAAACUCAAAGAGGAAGAAAGACACAAAUUCCAGCCAGCCAAAAAGAUGUCAGACAUCCAUUACGGCGAAAUUCUUCUGGCCACAUACGAUGAGGAGAAGGUUAAGAAGACGGGCGCUGGAUUCAUUCGCCCCUUCAUCCCCGUGCACAGCUGUAUCAUCCUGCCCUCGCUGCCCGAGGCUCACGUGGAGCCCCUCUUCCGCCAGCUCUGUGCCCUCCACUGGCUUCUGGAGGCUCUGACUAUCGACCACACCCACCACACCAUGAAGCCCGUGAUCACCUGCUGGAAUCCAAAGGACCCGGGUGGAAGCAAGAGCACAAUAAAAAAAAUCAAUAAGGACAAGUCCAUGGGACAGAGGUGGGAGCACUUCGUCACGGCGCCUAAGACCAAGAAAUUCAAAAUUCCUGUACUCCGCGUCACCAGCCGCAAACCAAGCCGGCGAGGCUCCACCCUCAGUCUGUCUCGGACCAGUGGGGGAUCAUCCCCCCAGAGCAGCAUGGUCUCCAUGAACCCCGGCUCAGAUGAGCCCCCGAGUGUGAUCACCCAGGCGACAGGCAGCAAGGACAUUGAGGACAAUGAAUCAUCUUCAACCAAGCCUGAUGAAGAACCCCUCCAUGUCAAUUUGCAGAAGCUGCUAGAAAUGGUUCGGGAAGAUGCCCGAAGGACAAUCAUGUUGGAAAAUGGGAUGCAAAGAAAAGCACCCAGUAUCUUGUCUAUGCUCAGACAAAACAAGAGCGAUUUGGCCUAUAAAGACAUGCAGACCACCCGCAAGUCAAGUGACAGAUCCAGCAGUUCAAGUGGAGAAAGCCACACCCAAGUCAUCCAGAAGAAGUCUAAAAGCCGCACCAACCGUGACAUCAUCCAAUGCAAGACUGGCGUGUGCAGCUCCAUGAGGGCCAAGUUCUACAGUGUGGCCCAGGAGGCUGGCUUCUGUCUUCAAGACAAGAUGGAAAUCCUCAUGAAGCGCCAAGAAGAGAGAGGUCUCCAGAAGUUCCAUUCUUUUGUCGUUGUCUCAAAUUUUAAAAAGGAUAUAGCAAAAAUGAGGCAUCAAGUCUCCAUGGUAAAAGGAGAUGCAGAAGAAAUUGCAGACCAUUGGUACUUUGACCUGCUGUCCAAACUCCCUGAGGAUCUGAAGAAUUUCCGCCCCGCCAAAAAGAUCCUGGCGAAAUUGCAGAAGUUUGGGGAAAACCUGGACCUCAGGAUCCGGCCCCAUGUCCUCCUGAAGGUGCUGCAGGACCUGAGAAUCUGGGAGCUGUGCUCUCCGGACAUUGCUGUGGCUAUCGAGUUUGUACGUGAACACAUCAUCCAUAUGUCUCAAGAGGAUUAUAUCACCUGGCUGCAGACCCGCGUCAAUAUCCCCAUCCGAUUCCAAAGUCUACGGGCAUAGCCUGUACCUGGGUCAACCAGCUAUCCCAGCAGAGGAGGACUAGACUACACUCUGUUCCUGCUUCCUACCUGUGUUCCUGCUUCCUGCCUACUCUCACGCACACCCACGAGAAUAUAGGAGGGUCUGACUUCUGGCAACAUUCUAGAAGAAGAUACUCCCAGGUGGAAACUCCCCGCAA